AGGGGCAAAGUGUGUUGCACGGAAAUGCCGGUCGCGCCUUCAUGCGGGCCUUUGGCUAUCUGUCUAUUAAUCUGUGUCGUAAACAUCUCGUGAGGGAAAGAGAGGAGGUGGAGCAAACGCCAGCUGCGUUUCUUGAGGAUCAGUGAGGAUCGUUUCUGCAACGGUGCUCGCUUGGAGGGACGCGCACGCAGUUCGCAUAUGCCUGUUCGAGGCCAGUUCGCAGCAGCUUCGUUGGCCAACAGCGUGAGCAACGGAUCUGUGCGCGCAAGCGUGAGGCAAAAUUCACGGCAUGGCGGAGCGCAAGAAAAACAGGAAGCGAAAAGAUGAAGUGGCGAGUUUGGACACAAAGGUUGCCCAAGACAAGCCAUCCAAGGAGGAGUAUGCGGUAGCAAAGUGGAUACGCAACAAUGUACCAUCGAAGAAGACAAAGUUCGAUAGGACUCACAUUGUUGAGUACUUCACUGGGUCGCGUGCGAUUGAUGCUUUAUUGGAAAACUCACCUUGGAGCACGGUGUUUGAGAAUCGGGAGCAGGUCUCCCAAUUCUUGGACCUGAUGUUGAGGCACAAGUUCUUUCAUAGAGCCAAGAAAGUAGUGAUAUCGGAGGAAGAACUCAAUAAAAUGCGGGGCAUUAAAAAGAAGACUAAAGAUGAUAAGAAACCUGUGGAGAAGGAAGAUUUGAAGGAGACUAAAGAUGCAGCUAAAGAUGAGAAAAGCGAAGAGAAAGCCGAGGAACGAAAGGAAAAUAAGAAAAAGCCAAAAGUAAGAUUAGAAAUGCACAUGGAUCAGUAUUUUGUGGAUUGUAACGAUGCAUAUGUGUGGAUAUAUGAGCCAAUUCCUGUGUAUUAUUGGUUUUUCGGCACAUUGGUAGUCUUAGGUGCGAUAGGAGUCUGUCUCUUCCCAUUGUGGCCAUUAACUAUCCGUCAUGGCGUAUAUUACCUAAGCGUCGCCGCCGCGGGAUUCCUUGUAUUCAUAUUAGCAUUGGCUAUUAUCAGAAUGAUUGUAUUUUGUCUUUUGUGGGUUCCCACAUUAGGUCGAUGUCACCUGUGGCUACUACCUAACUUGACGGCCGAUGUUGGCUUCUUCGCAUCCUUCUGGCCAUUAUAUCAGUAUGAAUAUUAUGGCCCAACGUCCGACAGUGACAAGAAGGUUAGUAAAAAGAAAAGAAAGAAGGAAAAGGAUUCCGACUCUGAGGAUGCACCGUUACUUCAUUCAGAAGAGACAACUAGCGCGAUGGAAGCGCCUAAGGAGGAAGAGCGAAUCGAGGAAUUAUCUUUGCCAAGUGAAGAGAGGAAAGCUUCGUCUGACUCGGCAGAAGGAGAGGACGGCAGUGAGGAAGGCUCGGAGAGCGAGAAAUCGAAUACAGGUCGAGAUUUUGUUAUGGUUUAAGACAGGUAGGCUGGGCAAUCAUGUUUUCUGGAACAAACAGCUAGUAUUAAUUGUCGCAUUAAUCAUCGCUGAAACCGAUAUAUACUUGCGAUGCGUUAACCUGGUCAUUGGACUCCAAUUUAAC